GAGAAAGAGAGAGAGAGAGAGAGAGGGAGAGAGAGAUGCGCUGCAAAACAUGGUAAUCACCACCACCAACCUCAUCAUCACCAUCACCAUCACCUCCAGCUCUGCCGCGCACCCUCCCGACUCCUCUCCUCCUCUGCACCGGGGCUUGCGUUUCAUGCCCAAAGCCCUGAUCUGCGCUCCAAAAAUAACCCCCAGCCAGCAUGCCGAAGGAAGCAAAACAAGAAGAGCGGUAUUUUUAGGGUCAUUAAUAUCGACCACGUGGCUCGAAGGUAAACCGGAUGGCCGUUGCGCAAAGGCUCCUCGUCAGUAUGUCCUGCGAGGCCGGCACGCCGCACUGGACGCUGACCGCGGUGGUUCUCCUGGGCUUCCUGCUGGGGAUCGUGUCAGCGUACCCUCUACCGAGCAGCAGGACGAAUGCAACUUUACUGGAGAGACGAUGGGAGACGCUUUUCUCCCGCUCUGUACUGGGGAUCUCCGGGGAGAAACCGGAGCUGAACUGGGAGAGUGACUAUCUGCUGGGCAUCAAGAGAGUGCGGAGGCUCUACUGCAACGUGGGCAUCGGGUUUCACCUUCAGAUCCUCCCCGACGGCAGGAUAAACGGUGUACAUAAUGAGAACCAGUACAGUCUAUUAGAGAUUUCCACGGUGGACAGAGGAGUGGUGAGCCUAUGUGGGGUGAGCAGCGAGAUGUUUGUCGCAAUGAACAGCCGUGGGAGGUUAUACGGAACGACGGUCUUCCAUGACGAGUGCAAGUUCAAGGAGAGCUUGCUCGCGAACAACUACAACGCCUACGAGUCUGUGGUCCACAGAGGCUCCUACAUAGCGCUCAGCAAGCAUGGCCGCGUGAAGAGAGGGAACAAGGCCACGACCGCCAUGACUGUAACCCACUUCCUACCCCGGAUAUGAUGAGCGAAAGCGGGCAAUAACAAACUUAUUUGCACAUGUGGAUUAUUUCCCAGGUAACAUAGGUACCGCAUACGUAGGUACAACACACAGAAGACAACAAGGACUGUAAAAGAAAGAAACGCCACUAUAUCUGAUAGUAUUUAUUCAAACUUUAUAUGUAUAUUUGGGUAGCUUCCUUUGUAUUAGAGAUGAUGGAAAUGCCAUCCUUUGCUGCUUUUAUGAUUUUGAUCAUUUUGGGACAUGACGGGGAAGGAAAGGUGUCCUUCGUCUCCUCAGUGUGCCAGAAUUGGUGGACCUCUCGCCCUGUCAGUGGAUGACAGUCCAUCCUUUUGCAAACGAAAUGGAUAGUAUUAUCUUAUUACCUCAAAGCACCGUUUCCUGAGGAGUAGAAGGGCAAGAAGAAAAAGAAAAAUGUGUGCAUGAAAUUUCUACAGAGAAGAAUGCCUGUUUACUGAAAAAAUGUAUUUUUUGUUUUGUCCUCCAUCAAGGAUUUGAGUGCUUCCCAUUGUCGUGGUUCAACUGUCUCUGUCACUGUCAGGGCAACUAGGGCACUUGCAAAUAUGGCAGUGUGUUCUUUUGCUGCUUCGCCAUGAGGUGCCGGUGCCUUGAAUUUCCGACUUGCGACCCCCCCUUGCCCUUGCAUGCGAGAAACGCGGCGCUCGAGUCAGAAAUAGGAAUGAAACGCGUGCGGUCGCCUCCUCGGACGCCACCGGGAGGCGUGAGCACCGAUUCCUAGAGGGCCGGUGGUUGCUCCACUUUAUUUCCUUUCCACAAUUAGAUCAAUUAAGUAAUCGAGACGAGUAAUGUGCCCUUAUUGAUGUGGAAGGCUGCAUUUAGAGUCAGCACCCCUGUCAUUUCCGAGGGAGCUUUUGACAAUCCCAGGUUUCGUUUUCACAAAUGCUGUGACCGGAUCGUCAGGCCAGAUCGUGCGGCUUUUUAUUCAAUAUGUGGGCAUGCAUUUCUUUCACGUUUAAAUGUGGACUUUCUCAAUUUAAGAGCUUCUCUUUUCGUUGUCUGAGGUCAACGGUGCUUCUGGGUUACAGAAUAUACUUGACCUGACACUUUGAAAACGAAGUGUCCUCCUGUAUAUUUCCCUCCAGCUCAAAUCGAGGUCUGUUUUUCAUCAGUUGCGUCUGGUCCGGAGUUUGUAGGAUUUCAGUUUGGAACAUUGGUUUUUGAAGAUGUUGACUUCAUAUUCAUAAGUGAAGAUGGGAGCUGUGUGACUUUCACACGGGUUGGAUGAUGUUUGGAACUUAAAGUCUGCUGUUGGUGUCUGGAGAAUUAAGUAGCAUUGAGCAGUCAAUGACCUGUAAGAAUGAUGGUUUCCUGCAUUGAUAUGAAAUAGUGUAGAUUCUCUGGAUUGGUUUGGAGGGAACUGGAAGUGCUUCUGAGUUCAUCAUUCUGGGACAUGUGAACAAUACUUCAGGUAACUUUUAGAAGAUGUCGAUCGCGCUCACGGGUCCCGGAUCUUUAAGCGCAUUUUUGGAGAUUGGCCGCUGAGUCUUCCUGCGAACAAAGAACGACGAGCAAUUUGGCCCGAAAGCGGCGAACCAAAGGGUUACAAAGGCUUUGUGUCUGCAGCACGCCAUACUUGAAUUCAACAACUGCUCGGGCUCCUCUUUCAGAUGCCGCAGUUUUCCAUUGUGGAGCCGAAGGGGGGGUGAGGAGGACAAAGAGUUGAAGACAGCAAUGAUGUACCGAUGACUUUUAGAUGGCACUCGGCAUGUGGCACUGGUUGUUUGCUUAACUUGGCGAGGAUGUGAAUAAUGUGGGGUAAAAUACCUGAGCGGGCCCCUCGCCGGUGGUGGGAUUCUGGGGAUUCUUGUCCCACUCGUCUGAGCCAUUUUUGUAACCAAGGUCAAAGAUAUGUGCUUCCUACCUUUUUGCGACGACCUUUCUUAUUUCUUGUUCGGGACAUGAACGGUUGUCUUGUACUGUGCAACAUUUGAAGGUUUCUGCACUUUUCUCGUCCUCCCGAGCAGAGUCUUUUAAACGGGGAAGUGGUGGUGUGAGGGAGCGAGAUGUUCUUCGUGGUGUUGAGACGCGUUUUUUCUAUUUCGGCACUCGACCCGCAAUAUUCUGUCAGUAGCGAACCAGCACUCAGGCCAGUUUGGUGACAUAUGAUGAAGGAAAAGUAGCAUGGCUGUUCUAGUUGGAUCGUUAUCACAUUUCACCUCAUGCCCUUUCGAACAUUACUGCAACGCGUUGACAAAAUGUCUGUGAGCAAUGGUUUACGUGCCCCUUUAAGCUCCAGUAGCAGAGACGAUUGAGCGGUAUCUGGAGUCUUUGUAAGCAUGUGUGUGUGUGUGUGUGUGUGUGUGUGUCUGUCUACAUGCAUGUGUCCUACUGAGUGCGGUCCUGUAAUGUUCUGUUUCUGCCAAAGCGACAGUAGAGAUGGUAUCCGAUAGAUUUACCUGGAGUCAGGAACAACGGGGCAUGGAUGUGCUGUACUCUCCUCACAGGAGAAGAUGGGACGUGUGCCAAAGGAAAGCACUGCCUGUGGUUUGAGCGAGUCGUUGUGUAGCAAACGUCUUCCAGGAAAGGGACACUUGGGAUGAACAAGUCGUGGGGUAAAUACUGUGAUCUAGGAGGAAACCCGUUGGGUUCUGGGAUGUAACUUUGAUAACGGUGUGUUUUUGUUCCCCUUGAGCAUCACAUUACUCAUUGUGAUUUUAUUUAUUGCUUCACUAUGAUCAAAUAUUUCUUCUGAACCGAUUUUGUGGCGGUGAGGAUUUGGCUGGAGAAGUAUUUUUGCUAAUUUGUCAAAAUAUGAAAUAUUAUAAUAUUUAUUUUUUAUUGAGUAAUACUUACUGAGCAGGGGUACAUGCUGUUUUCAGUUGCUCAGCUUCCAUCAAAACAAGCUCUCAGAAACACUUUGUGUUUAGAUGAUUGAACAUUAUUACAUUAUUACGUGAUGUCAUUUCUGAUUUAUUAUGGUAUGUUUCAGAGGACACUAUCGGCGCAACAAGCGAUGAAUGGAAUGGGAAUUGUAAAGUUGCAAUACGAUACGUUCUGUACGUCAAACGCACGAUGCUGCUCGGAGAGGCAGAAAAAGGUUGUACGAUAGAGUAGAAACUGAGAGAGUGUCUGUCACUGGUAAACCACCCGUUAACACGGACACUUUCUUAAUUCUGCAUUUUGCACACGGAGAACGGACUACGUGUGUGUUCCACCCUUUGAUUAAGGAUCCAGUGUCUGGAUUUUGCCAUUGUGCUUCUCAUACCUUCAGCUGGUUUUAAAAUGUGUUGGUUCACAGGGAACCGGAGGUCUGUGGGAGGAUCUGGGUUCAAACAUGUGUGUGUCUAUAUGUGUGCGUGAGAGUGUGUGUGUGUGUGUGUGUGUGUCCCUGUGUGCCAGCAGCCUUUGUGUUUCUCUCUUAGUUUUCUAUUCCUGCACUGAGGGUAGAGUGCUUCCUCUGAGUCCCCCACCCCCCACCCCCCUCUUUUUUAACAUAUACCUCACCUUCUGCCUUAGUUCCGAUUAUUGAAAUGAUUGUAAAUUAGUGUGAGACAACAGACUUCUCCAAUCAUUUGUUUCUGAAAAAUAUGAUGAGUAAGUAAAAUACUAUAUAACAAAUGGUUUUCCUCUUAUUUUUUUACGUAUGUGCUGUGCACAGCAGUCCACUGUAUUCCUGAGAUGAUAAUAAAAGACCUUUUGUAAAAGUUGUUGUGAUUCAGUGCUUAAAGUUAAAGUUGUGUGUUUGCUUGAGGCUUGAACACGGACGACAGGAGUGAGUGAGUGGGCAUGUGGCGCCCUCUACUGGUGAAGGGACACGCUUGCAGGGAUGUUUAAGCAAAUGUAUGAAAAUGAAAUGACUGCACUUUCAUUUAUUCCCUGGAGUUUCAAAGUACGUUUUGAGGACAGUGUAAUGUAUUAAAUUGCUACACUUACAAUAGAUUUGAAUUAAACGCUAUACGCACAUAAUGUUAAAUAUUUAAGGCAGUGCUCAGCCGAUCAGUUGAAUGUACACAAAUGGCCAAAUUGUUUAAGGAAACAUACAUGUCAACAACUACAUGAAUAAAGUUUCAUAUAAUGAAGCAAUGUUCUUUUAUAUAUAUUUACUUGGGUUAAACGGAGCAGUUCGUUCAAGGUAGUUUCAACAACUGCCUUUUGCCACUCGACACCUAAAAAUAACUCAGACCUUCGUCUCUGUUUCACCUAUUAUUAGUACUCAGUGAUGUGGUUCCUUCCAGGAAACUUCAAGACAUAAUUUAUGAACAACUAACCUGAAUAAAGUAAAGUAAUGCUCGAUGUAACAGUUCCUGUUUAUCCCCCCCAUCAAUAAGCAAAAGAUUUUUUUUUUUUUAAUGCAACCUUCUACUACUCAAGACUAUCAGUCAAUCCAAACUUACCGAAGGAACCAAUUGUGAGGUCAAGAGUGAAAAAUCUUCUAAUUUAUUUCCAUGGAGGAAAUGAAUAGUUAAAAAAAAUCUAUAAAUGGAGCAACAAAGCAUUUGGAAAUGGUGAAAGAAAAGGGAGGCAGCAUUUAAUUAUUAAGGAAGGUAGUCAUUAGGAGGUGCAUCACUCAUUUACACUUUCGUUGUUAUAAGCUAUAAUGUGCUCAUCUUGGCCUGUGGUCAUUAGCAGGGUUGUACUUUAUACUAAUAGCAAUGUUCCUCUGACCAAGAUUUUGAAAAUUCUCAACCACACAAACGUCAAGUCAAACAACAAGAAGUAGGCGAUUAGUUUCUUACCUUCUUUCUCUUGCUCAGACACACGGGUUGAGCUGAUUUCUUCGUCCUCUCUCCCCUGCCUCUGGAGUUUCAAGCUUAAUCUUUAUUUU